AUGAAAACCCAAAUCAUAAUCUCAAUUUCACUCGCCUUCCUCCUCCUAAACAUCCCCAAAACCCUAUCCCUAUCUCCCGCCGCCGCCCCAGCCAAGCCGCCACCUUCCUCCCCUGCACCCGCGGCCCAAGUCGCCGUAACCCCCGGCCCAUUGGACGUCGCCAAGAUCCUCGACAAGGCCGGCCGGUUCACCGUCUUCCUCCGGCUCCUGAAAUCCACUCAGGAGGACGUCGAGCUCUACCAGCAGCUCAACGAGACCCACAACGGCGCCACGGUGUUCGCCCCCAGCGACGGCGCGUUCUCGGGACUGAAAGCAGGGACCCUCAAUUCUUUGAGCGACGGGGACAAAUCGGAGCUGGUGAAGUACCACAUCGUGCCGUUCUUCAUCUCGUCGGCCCAGUUCCAGACCGUGAGCAACCCGGUCAGGACCCAGGCCGGUUCGGGCGGCCGGCUCUCGAUGAACAUCACCACCGAUGUCACCGGGAGUUCGGUCAAUAUUAGUACCGGGAUCGUCAACACGACGAUUUCGGGCACCGUUUAUGCGGACAGCAGGCUGGCGAUUUAUCAGGUGGACAAGGUGCUGCUCCCGCUUGACGUUUUCACUCCCAGGCCUCCGCCGCCGGCCCCUGCCCCGGCGCCGGCGCCGGAGAAGGCGGGGAAGAAAGGGGAUGGAGCGGAGAGCCCUGUUGUUCCGAAGAGCGACAAAUCUGGUGCCGUGAGGCGGAUUGGGCGGCGUCAGGGUUUGGUGAUCUUGGUUUUGGGAGUCGGGUCGAUUGCUGCUGCAGUGUUGUGA